GGGUCAGUCAGUCAGAGUCAAGUGGUCGGAUAAAGCGGAAGUGGACCCUGUGGACAUAGGUAUUGACAGCGCGUUGGACUUAUUCUGAGUCAGUUGUCAAAUUGGUUUGUAAGGGUCUGAUUGCCAAGAAAAUCCAAUAUUGCUCGAAAACAGUGACAUAAACAUACAUUACAUUUACUAAACAGCGCUUAAGGAUGACGGGGAAAACCACCAUUUCGGUAUUCAUCACAAACACCAUCGCCAUCACAACUUUCGUCUUAGCCUCAACAACAGCACAGUAUUAUGGGGGACAUAAUCUCUCCCCCUUUUCCACCAUGAUGCAUCACUCCCAAAUGCCACAAUUCUACCGGGGCGAAGGUGGUGGACCUCAAUUUCAUGGAUUCCAUGAUAGCCACGUCAUGGCUGGAAGCCCGCACGGUUAUCAGGCCGGUGGUCAUGCGUAUGGAGGAGGUCACGCUCAUCGCGGAUAUCACGAGUCCACUCCACCAAUUUUCAUCCACGGGCCGGGUGGAACUGGAUUGCGGGGAGGAAUAGAAGAGAGCGAACCUAUAGGACACGGUCAUCAUGGAGGAGGUCAUUAUGGAGGAGGUCACAGCUAUGCCCCUGCUCAAUACCAUCACAAAAGACCCGUCGUUCAACCACACAUUCAUCGGGAGCAUGUCCACAUUCACAAUAUUUACAAGGUAUCGCCACCACAUCUUGAAGACAUGCACAAUAUCCAUCACCAUAACGUGCACAAACAGCACAUACAUCAACCCGUGUAUCACAAGACGGAGAAAAAUGUUCAUACCAACUCUGAAUCUCACAAGAAUCAGUAUAAAGUCAAGGAAUACAAUAAGCACAAUCACCCCUUGACACAAGAGUCGCACAAGUGGUUGAAACCAAUUUACGCUGGGGAAGGAUGGGGAAAAGAUAGCGUCGGAGUGAAGGAGUGAACCGAAUUUAGAGAAAUGUUUUAAAGCUUUCUUAUGAAGUAGCUAUGUUAUUAUAUAUUUCUAGUUGAUGGAAGAAAAUAAAUAUUUUUAUACGAAACAA